CCCCAUGAACUACGUCACACAGUUUUGGUAAGUUGGGGGGUGAACGAGGCCAUAUUCUAACCAUCAGGCUACAUCAUGCGGGCAAUUACUUGGAAAAUAAGUUUGGCUUAUCUCACCACCAUAGUAUGCUUUGGCUGCUGUUACCGUAACGACGUGGAGCAAGAGGACAAUCUAAACAUACCAGCUAUCGCCAAAUAUUUCAGCACGAAAGGGAGGUACGAGGAAGUGAACCCGUAUCUCAUAAAGGACAUACUGGCUGUAAACAGAUCUAUUCUGCAGCCUCCAUCUGCACAAUGUCGAGAAAUUCAUCUGACUGCGAUUAUAAGACACGGCACGAGGUACCCCACGGUGAAAAACGUGAAGAAAAUGCAAAAGCUGCACGAGCUGGUCAAGAGCAGCGCGUCAGGUAAAGAGAGCUGGCUGCGGGAGAUCCAGACCCAGUGGACGAUGUGGUACACCGAGGACAUGGACGGCAGACUCGUCCAGAAAGGAGUGAAGGAUCACAAGCACCUGGCUGUGAGACUGUCAAAGCUAUUUCCCUCUUUGAUCUCAGAGGAGAAGCUCAGAGAUGGAUUCAUCAAGUUUAUGACCAGUUCAAAACACAGGUGUGUCAACAGCACACUGUCUUUCAAGGCAGGACUGACCGAGCUGUGGGCCAUUAAAGAUCAGGAGUUUGACCAUGCAGAGAACGAUGCCCUGAUGAGGUUCUUUGACCACUGCACCAGGUUUGUGGAGGAAGUUAAUGACAACCCUUCAGCUUUGUCAGAGCUUGACAAAUUCAAGAAGGGACCAGAGAUGAGGAGAGUCCAGCAGAAGAUCGCAGACCGUCUCAAAGUGCCGUAUAACACUGUAUCAGAUGAUAUGGCCGAAGCGGCAUUUUACUUAUGUGCCUAUGAGUUUGCUAUCAAGACCAUUAAUUCCCCCUGGUGUCAGCUCUUCGAUGAGGUGGAUGCACAGGUGUUGGAGUACGCAAAUGACCUGAAACAGUUCUGGAAAAGAGGCUAUGGUUAUGAUAUAAACAGUAAGUCCAGCUGCAUCCUCUUCCACGAUGUGUUCAGUCGACUAGACAACGCUGCCGUCGAGAACAAGUUAGGCAAGCAGGUGACUGAAGCUGUGACCAUCCAGGUGGGCCAUGCAGAGACCCUCCUGCCCCUCCUCACCCUCCUGGGCUUCUCCAAGGACAAUGACACCCUGACCUCCACUAACUACGCCACACAAGCACAGCGCACCUUCCGCACCAGCCACAUGUUACCUUACGCUGCUAACUUACUCCUGGUGCUGUACGACUGUGGUGGUGGUGACCUGAGACUGCAGCCGCUGCUCAAUGAGAAGCCUGUGACUUUCCCUGGUCUGACGGAGGCCUCCAUGCCGCUCUAUCAGGAAGUGAGGGAGCACUACAGGGAACUGCUCAAAGGCUGUGACUUUGAGACUGAGUGUCAGCUAUUUGAGAGUACUACUUAGAAGGACAGUAUAGUCUGGUACAGAAAUGGUAGUAGGGCUUUAUUGAGUUUUAUCAGGAAUAUGGUGAACAUUUUUGAAAUUAUGGGAGCGUCUUAGCCUCAAUGCUUGCAUGCAAACAUGAACAAAUUAUUUCACUUUUGCAAAAUGACAGGCUUUCUCUGGGAGAAAAACACAAGCCCAACCUUUGGUGUUUCAUUCAAGUUUGCUUUUACUAUAACAGUAUUAUUACUGCCUUGUUUUUGCAGUGUCUUGACCUGAUUGCACAAGUUAGAGCAGGAAUUGGACCAUCUUUGAAGUGUGCACAUUUGCUAUAUUGUGCAGAGGAAGUUAAGAACUCUAGACUCAUCACUUAUCUGUUUCCUGAUCUCCAAGAAGCACUGGCACAUUUCACAGUAUUCAUCAGUUUGUAAGUAAUAUUGCAUAACCAAAAUUGGUCAUCCAAUGCAUUACAAGAUUCUUGUAUGUCAUUGUAAGUUGCCAGGAAACAUAUAAUUGGCUCAUCAGUUAGCCCAAAGCAGGUGCUUUGGUCCAAAAAUCCACUUGUUUUGGCAUCAUUAUUUGUGCCAUAGUAUCAGUAGUACAUUAUAUCUUACUCAGGCCCAUGCUAUGUCACUUUUAUUGGUUGUAAUCAGGAUAGAAAUCUCCUCAUUGGCCCUUCACAUCCCAGUUACGGUAAGAAUUAUUAGUUUGACAUGAUGGACAAGUCUGUCGGAUACUUAAUUAUAAUAAGUACUCUUUUUCAUAAUGAUUUAUAAGUUGCGGCUAAGGGCUUAAUUUGUGGUAAAUCUUAAAAUGUCCAAAAUAUCUAAAGCCUCAGACUACAUGUGUUAAAACCCUUCAAUAAUUACAUUGUGGAUUGCAUUGUAGUGCUAUUAAUUAUGGGUUAUCUUUACUCUGUGAUUGACAUAAUAAAUAAGGACAUCAUCUGAAUGUUGUGUGGCAGAGCAGCCUGGUUCUGUUUGACAUUAUUUCCACUGGAAGGGCCACCACCACCUUUCUUUAUUUUAAGGGCUACCUAGAGGGCACUACAUCACAUUUACGCCACUGUAAGGUUUUUUUUCACUGGAGAUGACUUUAUCACAUUUUCUCCACUGAAGGGGCGCUAAGGAGAGCACUUCAUCAUAUUUUCACCUCUGGAGGGGACUUCAUCUCGUUUGGUCCAUUGUGAACUCACUGAAGGGUUUCUUUAUAAUCUUUAACGGGUGUAUCCAAGAGCAGGGGCAUCGUAGUGGGGGGAAUAGUGGGACUGACCACCUAGGGCCCAAGUGGGGUCCUUAAUGGGCCUGAAAUAAAAUGUGUUUUCUACUACA